UUCAAAUGCCAUACUGAACUUUGCAUCUUGCUGUGCGCAGAUCAUUGGCACAAUUGGCAUGAACGGUCAAUGUUUAGCCCUUUCGUCAUUACUUCUACGUACUGGUCAAAUGUGGAUAACAUCUAACAACAAGAUUGAGUAAGUUUGCCUAAACCUGUUGAUAAAACAACUGCCACUGUUUCGAAAACAACAGAGCUUAUAAAACCUUGUUGUUACCAAACCUUUUCCCAGUCGCUAUACAUCCGUCGGUGUAUGUUUGAUUCGCGUUCGCGUUGUGCGAUAGUUAAUUUCCCUAGUGAUCGAAGACUUUUAGAUACCUUACGACAUGUGGUUUCGGAUACUCUCCGGAAGCCUACUGGCUGCGAUUUGCCUAGCCGAAAUCAAACCCUGCGAGUACAUGGACAGAAUCUACCGAAUCAACGGAAACUCGAUCGACUUUCCUUGUGAAUCGACAAAGAACAUUUUUAUCACUACCGAGCGGUACAAACCGUGCAGUAUCAUACCGAUGCGGUUUCAAAUCGACGGAGACAACGAGAGGUGUUUUGUGGUGUUAACUCGACUUCGAAGCGGAAAUCCAGUGACGCUGGGAGUGAUCGACCUGACCCGUCCGAGCUGCUAUGCGCAUAUCAAACCUUACCCGUGUUGGUCUUACCAGGAAGAAGGCAACUGCAAUGCGUUCCAGUCCGUGGUGGAUAUAUUCAUUGAUGUUAAAAAAAAGAUGUGGGCCCUCGACUCAGGCAUUUGCAACUCUUUGGAGCAACCCAUAAAACGCUGCACAGCAAAGGUGAUAGCGUUUGACCUGGAAACAGAUAAAACAGUGAAAACGGUGGAUCUAAGCGACAUUCUGAAGCCACACUCCAGACCACAGUACCUUGUGACGGAUUAUUCGCCCAAUGGAUUCCCGUACGUCUACAUUAGCGACGCUGAAGGUGCCAUCAUCGUACUGGACAUCCACCACAACAAGAUGUACCGAGUAGUGCUACCACGUGCCAUUUCUGCUGGCUGUGGCGAAUCGGAUGUCCUAUAUUUGCUACUGGUACGAAGACCCAAAAACCAAAACAUGGUCAUAUUCUCGUAUCUGUGCGGUAACAAGGUCUACGGUAUCAAAUCGGAAUUUCUGCGCACGGGACGAGGCUCGAGUGCUAUCGUGGAGCUCGGUAGCAAGACUAAGCAUUCCGUUUUGCUCGGGACGGACGGAAGCAACGGUGUUAUUUUGAGGUAUAGAAGCGAAAGCGAACUCUACAAAUGGAACACUGAUCAACCGUACAAGGAGUGUAACUUCGAAUUGGUUCAACUUGCGGAGGAGUGUCGCUUGAGCACGCAUGUCGCCCCUGGAGGAAAAGAUGCUCUGAUGUACUCAUUGUCAUCCAAUGUGGCCGAUUACUUAAAUCACACCUGUGGCGCAGGAGGUGCUUCAGCUCGACUCAAAUAUAUAAGUAAAGAAUGUGAAGAUGAUUGUUAUUAAAAUAAUAAUUGAAACCUAGUAAUUAACAUAGUGUAAGAAAAUCAAACUACUCAGAUCUACUAAAUAAAAACUAAAAAAUA